UUUAGGCUCAGGGUGGGACCAAAUGUCUCAUGAUCUUACACGGACUUUGGGCUUGGUAUCCGACCUAGCUAUCUGGGCUGCUCGAAUCCAGGAUCCGACUCAGGCUUCAGGCCCAGAAUCCGACUCAUCUUUACUAGGUUCUGACUCGAACGGCAAUUUCAAUUCUUAUUUUUAUUUAAUUUUCUAAAAAAUUUUCUUAAUUAUUUUAAAUUUAUUUUUUUAGCUAUUUUGAUAUAAAUAUAAAGCUACUACUAUUAUUUUUUUCAUCUUUUAUUCUUUCAUCUUUCUAUAUAAAUGAAAGAGGAAGAAGAUAAACAACAACAAAAUAAUUCUUCUUCUCCUCCAGCUUCUUUUGUAUUAUUCGACACAAAUAUUGCUUCAACAUCAAAAAUUAUAAAUACAAAAAUUGAUGUGGGACCAAAUGUCUCUUCCAAUUUUGUGAAAAAUAAAAAUUCUUUUGGCAAUGAAAAUGAACAAAAUUUGAAAGAAUGUGGACGUAAACCAAUUCAAAAUGGUGUUUUAAAUGAAAUUGUGCAAUUUGCUGAAGAAAAUGAAAAAAUUUUACAAGGGGAAAAUAAGGUGGACGACAAGGAAGAGGCGAGUGAGGGGACAAAAAUUGAAGAUGCAACGAUUAAUGAUGAUCAAAAUUGUUUUAAAACGCCAGCACUUCCUUGCAAUAAGUUUGUUUGUUUUUUUUAUGAUUUUUUAAAAUGA